UCCUUCCUCUUUCAGUCCACGCUCCCGGCGGCGGCAGGGCGAGCCUAUCCCGUCGGCCUGCUGUCCUCCCGCGCGCCCUCCACGCUGAGCUGGUCAGCCCGGAGUUCCUCAGUCGGCGGCCCACGCCCCGCUAGCGCUCAGCGCCCGCGCUCAGGCCCUGUGUACGGAGCUAGUGCCUGGCCUGAGAACCUCUUCGUUCCGGCGGCGGCUCGGGCACCGGGAGCGGAGUGUCGCAGCGGCCCGAGGGGAGGCGAGCGAAUCUGAGGGGUGGUUUGGGCAGGUGGUGGCGCCGCGAAGAUGGUCGCCAAGCAGCGGAUCCGUAUGGCUAACGAGAAGCACAGCAAGAACAUCACCCAGCGCGGCAACGUCGCCAAGACCUCGAGAAAUGCUCCUGAAGAGAAGGCAUCUGUAGGACCUUGGUUAUUGGCUCUCUUCAUUUUUGUUGUUUGUGGUUCUGCAAUUUUCCAGAUUAUUCAAAGUAUCAGGAUGGGCAUGUGAAGUCACUGACCUUAAGAUGUUUCCAUUCUCCUGUGAAUUUUAACUUGAACUCAUUCCCAGUGUUUGAUGCCCCGGUUAAAAACAAUUCAGUAAAUCAUCCUGCCUCAGAAUGACUUUUCAUAUCAUCAUUCAUGUGUCAUUCCAAGGUUUCUUCAUGAGUCAUUCCAAGUUUUCUGGUCCAUACCACAGUGCCUUGCAAAAGCACCACAUGAAUAAAGCAAUAAAAUUUGAUUGUUAAGCUAUAGUAGUGGACCCUACUUAUUCAGUCAUUUAAGAGUAAGUUUUUUAAUAUGGUUAUUAAAAUGGUAUAUAGCAUCAGUAAUUAGAUUAAGUCUGUGUAGACAGGGUCUAGUUUUUAUUUUUAAUGCUAACAUGUAAAUGAAAUUAGCUUAAUUUAAAAUUCGGAAUCUUAUGGUUUUCUAUAGUUAGGCACUUUAUUACAAUACUUUGAAUUGAAAGCACACUCCCAAUAGGGUCAUGUAACUGUCCUGUAAUAAGGUGCUUAUAAAUGGAACAGCUAUACAGUUAGUCUAAAAAUCCCACAAUCUUCAGCACCUAGAAAAUUUUAAAAGCUUCUAAAUGUCUAAUGUAAAGGGAGAUGCUUAUAGCCAUGUUUAUUUUAACAAUAUUUCUAUCACACUACCUUGGAUUUUGCAUGAGUGAAUAUACUAAUCUAAGCUGCCAUAAGAAAACUUGGUUAAGCAUUUUUUAACUUAAUCAGUCAUUUCAGUUUCACUAAAAGAUAUCAUGGUGGAGUAAAGUCAGGGAAGGUUUGUUUAUGUCACAUUGAUUUCAUCAGAAUUACUUUAAUAUAUCAAAGGGGUCUACUAUGCUAGAUAACAUUUUAGGGGAAAAUACUACUAAAAAUCGAUGCCUCCACAGGAUGUACUGUUGAGUCCAGUGUGCCGUAAGACAUCUUAGCAUGUUGAAAGCACUUUUAACAUCAAAAAGGCACAUCAACUAAAGAGUUACACUUAGUUUGGAAAUGUUUUUCUAGGUUUAUGAUUAAAAUUCCAUUAGGGUUCUAGGUACAUCCAACUAAAGUAUUAUCUGGAAUUAAGUGGAUUUACUGAUAAGGAUCUUUGGUCUUCCCUUUGUUGUAUGGUUUUAUGGGUUGUGAUCACAUUCUUUACUGUUGGUAAGGGUGAGUGAGAAAGGCAGAUUUGGGGUGUUCUGGUUCUGAUGGAAACUGCAAGUAUUGGCUAUUUAAAUACUUAGCCAUAACUUAAUUAAAAAAGCCUGAGAGGUGUCUAUGUAUUAAUGAAUUGGAAAGAAAGCUGCUUGUUUGCUUUAAUUGCCUCAGGAUAUUUCUUUUAAAAUAAGCUGUUUUAAGAGGAACAGAAGGGAAAUCUGCUACAUAGUCCAUACACAGUGUGAACCUCAGAGAGCUUCUGAUGGCCCGAAGUAUGGGGAGGAGAGAGAGGGGGGUGGUUAAGGACUGUCAGGAAUUGGCCUACCCUAGAACAGGAAAGGAAUCAGCUGACCUGGGGCCAGCAGGUUUUUAUCUUCAUUGUUACUUGCCUUUCUCACGCAGGAAAUCAACCCCUAUACUUGUUUCCCUCUUUGAAACAAGUGUCUUGGUUAACUAAUUCUAUUUUAUCGUAACUUUAAAAAUGAAAGUUAUUGUUCUAAAUUCAUAGCAGGUGCCUUAUUCUUUGCUUUGAGUCAAACCAUUCCAUAUCAGAAUUUCCCUUGGUGUACUAUAAAUAAUUGACUUUAAGGUGUUGGUUUUUUUAAAAAUGUACAAUGUCUUUAUUAACUUGAUUGUUAAAUUGCUGUAGCUAGCAAUCAUUUUACAUAUGUAAAGUUGCAUUCCCUUUGUAUUUCACGUGUAAUUUUUCAAUUGAGUGCAUUUUAUAUUAAGGAUGGAUUAUGCAUGUUUGGAUCAAUGAAAACUAUGUCUUACUUGAUUUAUUCCUUAAAAAUAAAGUUCCCUGAUUAUUUGAUGCCUUCUAAAAGAAAA